CCCUUCUUAGUGCCGAAAAGUACAUAAGCUAGAUAACCAAUGGCAAUCAAGCUUCCUGUACAGGCUACAGAAUGGAAUAAUUCAUUCUAGCAUAUUUACCAUGGUACUCUAUUCUAGCGAUGUUAUGAGACACGGUAGCUUUGGAUUUUCUCACACUGAGCUGUUGCUGAUACUGACAUUUAGAGUUUCUUAUACAGCUGAUAAAGUGAACAGUCAUGUAACAAAGGAAGUGACCCCGAGCUUUCUGAAACUAGAUUCCGCCCCAAAAGCUGUCCAUAAUUUGUAUAUUACUAAAUAUUACACAUACAAUUCUUGGGCUAGAAGAAAAAAUUAUAUGAAAUGUGAUAUGGAAAUUGGGGAAAACAUAAGCUUGAUAAAUGGGAUUGAGUGAAAGAUGGCAAAGCUCCGGAGAUCUCAAGUUUGACAAGGCGUGAAAUUUGCAGCUACAGCAGAAUCCACUUGUUCAGUGUCGAAAUUAGUUUGAACUGGGAGAUCACUUCUGUUGCCUAGCUGCUUCACAGUUGUAAUUAUUGGGAGCUUAGCCAUGGAUAGCCGUCGGAGCAUUCAACUAUCAAAUUUACCAGUAGUACAAGAUACAAAAGGGCUAGUUCAACAGCUGGAAGAAAUUACUGGGAAGGGCACAGUUAUUGCAUGUAAACUGAGAACACCCAAAUCUAACAAGUCGAGGAUGUAUGCUUAUGUGCAAUUUGCAAGCCACGAGUUAGCAAAGCUAGUCCAUGGUUUGGCAAGCAAAGGUCGUAUUAUGCUAGGUCAGAACAAAUUAACGGCUCAAUAUCUAGAGAGAGACAUUGUAUCAAAGCCAAGAUCGAUGCCAACUCGUAUUGAGGAAGGGAAGCUUUAUAUGGGCAAUUUGAUAUCUCAGAAUGUAUUCUCUUUUCUAUGGAAUUCUGGUAAUUCUGUUGCUGUCGAAUUUGGAUUUGACAUCAGGAAGCUAAGUAUCUUUCUCAAUGAGCGGUAUAUUGAUUACAAGUUGGAGCUCGCCUUUAGAGAUAUUCGUCAUCUACAUCUCCGUAAUGCAAGGGGUUCGAAGCUUCUUUUGGUUCAGUUGCUUAAUGCUCCAAAGAUUUAUUACAAGGAUGAAUCUUCCUCAAGUUAUGAUAUGAAUGACAGACUCGACUUUUACAAGGACAGCAGUGAUACCUGGGUAAGAACCACAGAUUUUACCUCGUUUUUUAGUAUAGGCCAGUCAUCAUCUCUAUGCUUUGCACUUCCACAUGGCAGUAACAUUUCUCAAAUCCGAGAGAAUUUUGCUCAUUACAAAGAAAUUGAAGAGAGGCUCUCCCUAGACUCAGGUAGUUCAUUUUCUAACACAAGAUUGGUGCCAAUUUUAAGUCCUCCUGUGGAACUUAAUGUGCCUUUUGAAAUAUUGUUUCAAGUAAAUUCACUUGUUCAGAAUGGAUUGCUCAGUGGGCCAAGCCUUGGCAGGGAAUUCUUCAAUUUGUUACAUCCUAAAUGGGUACCUUAUACCCAUAUAAACUCGGCUUUUGUGAAACUUUGUAGUUUUAGAAACACCUGCUAUGAUCCAGUGAAGGAAAUUAGGAAGGAAUAUGAAAAUUUAAAAAAAUUUAAAAAUUUCAGAAGGUACACUGAUUCAUUAUAUGCUUCUCUGGACAAUGGCUUGAUGUAUGUUUACCGAGUACAAGUAACACCCUCAAAAGUGUACUUCUCUGGACCUGAAGUUAAUGUGUCUAAUCGUGUGACACGGCAGUAUGCAAAAUAUAUUAAUAACUUUCUCCGUGUAACCUUUAUUGAUGAGAAUGGGAAUAGAUUGUACUCAACUGAUUUGUCCCAGAGAAUACAGAAUGGUGCAGAAAAACAUACAAAACUAUACAAACGUGUCCUCUCAAUUUUAAAGGAAGGUAUUGUGAUAGGGAGUAAGAAGUUUGACUUUCUUGCUUUUUCAACUAGUCAACUACGGGAAAGUUCUGUGUGGUUUUUUGCUUCAACUGGAGAAGUUAAUGCAGAGAGUAUCCGAGAAUGGAUGGGUGACUUUUUAGCUAUUAGAAAUGUGGCAAAAUGUGCAGCAAGAAUGGGACAAUCCUUUAGCUCUUCAACAGAAACACUUCAUGUUUAUCCACAUGAAAUUAAAGAUAUUCCAGACAUUUGGAUUCAGAGAGAAGACAAAAAAUAUAAUUUUUCAGAUGGAAUCGGGAAGAUAUCUUUGUCCCUUGCAAAACAGGUAGCUGCAAAGUGUAAUUGUGAUUAUAUACCCUCUGCAUUUCAAAUAAGGAUUGGUGGUUACAAAGGUGUUGUAGCAGUGGAUCCUAGAUCUCCAUAUAAACUCUCUCUGCGGCCAAGCAUGAAAAAAUAUGAGUCAAACAAUAGCAAUCUUGAUGUUCUUUCUUGGACGAAAUUCAGGCCAUGCUUUUUGAAUCGCCAAGUCAUAACUCUUUUGUCUACAUUGGGAGUUAGGGAUCAGCACUUUGAGAGGAUGCAGGAAGAAGUUGUCAGAUAUCUAGAUCAACUUUUUUCUAACAGAACCAUGGCCCUGGAAGUCCUGCGAAUCAUGCAUGUGGGUGAUUCUUAUAAUGUUCUUUUCAGUAUGCUUUCAGCUGGCUAUUUGCCUGAUUCCGAGCCAUACUUGUCAAUGAUUCUUCAUGCAUUUCGAGCAUCUAAACUCUUUGAAUUAAGAUGCAAGGCACGCAUAUUUGUUCCAAAGGGGGCUUGCUUGAUGGGCUGCCUGGAUGAGAGUAGAACAUUAAAAUAUGGUGAAGUAUUUAUUCAAGUUUCUCGCACACCAGGAAUGAAUCAAUUCCAUGAUACAGGGCUUUAUCCAGCUCAACAAUGCAGUAGUGAUCCUGGAACUAGCAUAGUUGAAGGGAAAGUGAUAGUAGCAAAAAAUCCAUGCCUUCAUCCAGGUGAUGUACGAGUUCUAUCAGCAGUUGACAACUCCAAUCUUCAUCACAUGAUUGACUGUAUAGUUUUCCCACAACAAGGUCAAAGACCCCAUCCAGAUGAGUGCUCAGGUAGUGAUUUGGAUGGCGACCAAUAUUUUGUAAGCUGGGACGAGUCACUUAUUCCACCUCAACAAGACCAGCCAAUGGACUAUGAGGCUAAGCCAGCAGAAGUAUUGGAUCAUGAGGUGACAAUUGAGGAGAUUCAAGAAUAUUUUGCAAAUUAUAUGCUAAAUGACACCUUGGGAAUAAUAUCUAAUAGGCAUACUGUGUAUGCUGAUCAGGAGCCCAACAUGGCUCGGAGUGAGAUUUGUCUAGAGUUGGCCCAACUUUUUUCAACAGCAGUAGACUUUCCCAAAACUGGCACUCCUGCUCAGAUUCCUGCUUCUCUAACACCAAAAGAAUAUCCCGAUUUCAUGGAGAAAGAGGAUAAACCCAUGUAUGAAUCAAAGCGAAUUAUUGGCAAACUUUACAGGGCGAUUAGAAAAGUGGCAACAGAGGCCCUUUUUAUAAAUUCAUUCACAAGGGAAGUUGCCCAAAAAAGUUAUGAUGAGGAUUUGGAGGUAUGGGGAUUUGAAAACUAUCUUGAUGAGGCACUGAUGUACAAAAAUUGGUAUGACUCCAAAUUAGCUACUUUAAUGUAUCAUUAUGGAAUAAAGUAUGAAGCAGAAAUAGUCAGUGGAAAUAUAUUCAGUUUGUCAAAGUUACGUGGUUCUAAGUUUGGAGAUCUGAAAGAAACCAUCAUGAUAGAAAUGAAGGUUCUCAAAAAGGAGGCGAGGUCAUGGUUCGAUGAUGGUGAAAACAGCUUCGAUGAUAAUAAGUAUGCAAAAGCUUCUGCUUGGUAUCAUGUGACCUAUCAUCCUGAUUACUGGGGUUACGGAGAUUAUGAAGGCAAAGAUGAGAACAACCCGCAUUUUAUAAGCUUCCCAUGGGUUAUAUAUGACAAGUUAUUGCGAAUCAAGCGGGAGGACUGGUAGGAAGUAAUAAGUCAGUAACAUAAUACAAUAUCAGUAAGGACGGGAUGUACUAUUUAUAUGAAUGCAGAAGUGGAUUGUUCAAAAUCACAGGGGUUUAUAAUUUAUAAUUUUAUUUUUAUAAAUGGAUGUAAAAGAGGUAUCUAAAUGGUUAUAAAUGUUGUAAUAUCAAAAUCUGAACUAUAAUGUCCAGAUGUAUUAUAAACCAAUUCUACUGUUCUACUUGAAAACAAUCUAGUGUCGAGCUGGAUCAUGAACAUAACUCGGCACUUAAAAUGGCAAUUCUUAUGUUUCAUGUACGAUAUAGAAAACUAUCUUUCUUUUUA